GUGUGUGUGUGUGCGUGCGUGCGUGUGUGUGUGUGUGUGUGUGUGUCUUCUGGCUCCUUCCUCGGCCACCUGUGGGGAACUCGCUUCCAUGUCCCUCGUGGGGACUGCACCCCGGAAUCUCCACGCCCAUGGCCGCUAGACUGAGGGAGGCCUCUUUCGCCUCCUCUUCUUCCACGUCGAGCUGCGACGCGGAUGACGAGGGCGUGCGCGGCACCUGCGAAGAUGCUUCUCUGUGCAAGAGGUUUGCAGUGAGCAUUGGCUACUGGCAUGACCCCUACAUCCAGCACCUUGUGAGGCUGUGUAAAGAGAGGAAGGCGCCGGAAAUAAACAGAGGCUAUUACGCUCGCGUCCAUGGCGUCAGUCAGCUCAUAAAGGCUUUUCUCCGGAAAACAGAAUGCCACUGUCAGAUUCUCAACCUUGGGGCUGGAAUGGACACCACUUUCUGGAAACUGAAGGAUGAAGAGCUUCUCCCAAGCAAAUAUUUUGAAGUCGACUUUCCAGUGAUCGUCACCAGAAAGCUGCACAACAUUAAAAACAAGCCUCUCCUGUCCACACCCAUUGUAGACCUUAAUUCGGAGGCCACUCUGCAGCUGGAUGGGCACAUGCUGGAUUCAAAGAGAUAUGCCAUUAUUGGAGCUGAUCUCCGGGACCUAUCAGAGCUAGAAGAGAAACUAAAGAAAUGUAACAUGAAUACACAAUUGCCAACACUCCUGAUAACUGAAUGUGUGCUGGUUUACAUGACCCCUGAGCAGUCAGCAAACCUCAUCAAGUGGGCAGCUAAUACUUUUGAGACGGCCAUGUUCAUAAACUAUGAACAGGUGAACAUGGAUGAUCGGUUUGGGCAGAUCAUGAUUGAAAACCUCCGGAGACGGCAGUGCGACCUGGCAGGAGUGGAAACCUGCAAGUCAUUAGAGUCUCAGAAAGAGCGCCUCCUGCUGAACGGGUGGGAGACGGCCUCAGCCCUGAACAUGAUGGAGCUGUACAGCAGGCUGCCGCGUGCCGAGGUGAACAGAAUAGAGUCCCUGGAAUUUCUGGAUGAAAUGGAGCUCCUGGAGCAGCUCAUGCAGCAUUACUGUCUGUGCUGGGGGACCAAAGGAGGACAGGAACUUGGUUUGAGGGAGAUAACCUGUUGAUCUGUUGAAGGCUCGUGCUGAACUGGAAGCUGAAGCCUCCCGGAUCUGAGCCAGGCUUCCUGACGGAUGGGCAGGCCGAGUCCCCCUCAUCUCCUCCCACUGUCUGAGCAUCCUCGAUUCCAAAGGCCAUUGUUCCUGGUUGACAUAUAUCAUUGUUUAAAUAAAUCUCAUU